AUGUCCGCCCCCUCUAUCGCUGUCGUCGCCUCUUCGCGUGCCGUCGUUUCGGGUCGUCUCACUUCUGCCACCAUUGUCAUCUCUCGUCUCACUGGCAAGAUCACCGCUAUCUUCGACUCCGUCAUCCCCGCUGACGAUUUCCCCGUGGGCACUCUAUACACCGACUAUUCCCCGCAUGUUCUCCUCCCUGGUCUGGUCGAUGCCCAUGUCCAUCUCAAUGAGCCUGGCCGGACAGAAUGGGAGGGUUUCUAUACUGGAACCCAGGCUGCGGCCUUUGGUGGUGUCACCACCGUCAUGGAUAUGCCCUUGAAUGCCAUCCCUCCCACUACCACCGUCGCUGGCUUCAAGGAGAAGAUCCAAGCUGCCGAGGGUAAAUGCUGGGUCGAUGUCGGCUUCUAUGGGGGUAUCAUCCCUGGAAAUGCCUCCGAGCUCAAGCCUCUCGUUCAGCAUGGUGUCCGUGGCUUCAAGGGCUUCCUCAUCGACAGUGGGGUGGACGAAUUCCCCGCUGUAAGCUCGGAAGAUAUCAAGAAGGCCAUGGCUGAGCUGGCUGACCAGCCCACCACCCUCAUGUUCCAUGCUGAGAUGGAGCCUCCCACAACUGCAUCGGCAGACGAUUCCGCCCCGGAAGGUCCUGCCGAGGCGUAUUCUACCUUCCUGGCAUCCCGGCCCUCUGCCUUUGAGACCUGUGCCGUUGAGGAGAUCCUGUCCCUAGCUCAUUUAGCUCCCAAACUCCCCUUGCACAUCGUCCACUUGUCUGCCAUGGAGGCUAUCCCGUUGCUGCGCAAGGCCCGUGCCAACGGCGUCCCCAUCACUGCCGAAACGUGCUUCCACUACCUGUCCCUGGCCGCCGAGGAGAUCCGCGAUGGUGACACCCGUCACAAGUGCUGCCCUCCAAUCCGCUCCCAGAACAACCAAGACCAACUUUGGGCUGAGCUGGAGCGUCACACCGAAGAUGGUGUCAUCCAAACGGUCGUUUCGGACCAUUCCCCCUGCACCCCGGAUCUCAAACUCUUGCCCUCGCACCUUGCUGCCGAGAUCCCCAAGGAUAGCAAAGCUGCAGAAAACGAAGGCAGUUUCUUCUCUGCCUGGGGUGGUAUCUCCUCUGUCGGAUUGGGUCUUCCGAUCCUCUGGUCAGAGCUCAGUCGUCGCAAGGGCCUCACCUCCGCCCCGGAUGACGCCAACACCAAACGUGCCCUGCAGGAUAUCGUCCGUUUGUGCUGCACCAACACCGCCGCCCAGGUCGGUCUGGAGCGCCAAAAGGGUGACCUCGUCGUUGGCUUCGAUGCCGACAUUUGCGUCUUCGAUGACUCCGCCGAAUGGACCGUCGAGCCUAGCACCAUGCUCUUCCGAAACAAGUGCUCUCCAUACCAAGGCCGUACCCUCCGUGGUAUGGUCCGGGAAACUUGGCUGCGUGGUGAAAAGGUGUUUAGCCGAGAUGGCGGGUUCAGCGACAAGAGCCCUUCGGGCCAUCUCCUGUUGGAGAAGCGGGAACGGGUUUGA